GAGCCCGCGCAUCGAGCGGCAGUCAGUCAGCGUCGAGUCGCUCGGCGCGCCGGUCGGGAGAGAGGGAAGUGCUAGCCGCUCGUGGUGCACAGCUCCCCGCGCGGGAGGGAAGACGGGAGGCAGCGCCCACUGUCCCGGGAGGCCGACGCGAGCAUGACGGGGGAGGCGAUAGCGUGCUACGUGCUGGGGGCGGCCCUGGCGGCCGUGCUGCUGGUCUACAUGCUGCUGGAGAUACACUACUUCAUCAGGAUGGGCGUGUGCGUGUUCAUCGCCAGGUUCUUCAAGAAGAGGAUCACCGUGCUGGACAGCGCCGACGUCAAGGGGGUGUGCCUCACCACCGACGUGGACACGCUGCUCUACCACAUGAACAACGUGCGCUACCUGCGCGAGGUGGACUUCGCGCGCGCCGACUUCUACGAGCGCACGGGGCUGUACCGCAAGAUCCUGUCCAAGGGCGGCGCCGUGGUGCAGGGGUCCUGCACCAUCCGCUACCGCCGCUUCAUCAGGCCCUUCAGCGUCUUCAGGAUCACCUCCAAGAUCAUCUACUGGGACGAGAAGUCCAUCUUCAUGGAGCACCGCUUCAUCACGCCCAAGGACGACUUCGUGCGGGCCAUCGUGCUGUGCCAGCAGCGGGUCAUCAACUGCAGCGCCAGCGACGUCAUGAAGGAGCUGGUGGACGUGGAGCGAGGCGUCGAGAAGCCCCAGGUGCCCAUGGAGGUGGCCAAGUGGAUCGAGUGCAACGAGAUCUCCAGCGCCAACCUGCGCAACGGCUGCUGACGGCCGGAGGAGGUCCCGUGAACUCCUCGCCUCUAGAGACCCCAAGACUGACUGCGGGACGAACCCCCCUCCCCCGUGAUCUCACCGCUCGCGAGGACAAGCGUCGGGUGGUUGUUCCAGGCGACUCGGCCUUAUCUUCCUUAGUUCCGUGUUGCUCGCGGCGAGAGCUGGCGUGACCAGCCCCGUGCUGGCUCGGCUCUCCGACUGACGGCGGGGUAGCAUGGCCCCCACAAGGGUGGGGCCGGGUGGACCCCUGGGUUUAUUUUCUUAUCUCAGUGUGUGGAAUAAAUAUACAUACUGUUAGAUUAUUACCAUAAUACGCAGGAAUCAGAGUAUAUUGUAUCAGUCCACAUACUUGUUAAGUUCUUUAUUAAGACACAUUUUACAUAACCGUCGUCACAUACAUUUUAUCAGAAGAAGGAACCACCCCCCCCCCCAACCCAAAAAAAAAACACAAUGUAAGUACCAACUGUACAACACAAAUUCAUUGUUCCCAACACCUGUUUAAUAAACUUCUUACAAAAUUAAAUCAACAUGGCAACACAUUCUAACACAUAUACUCACUUUGGUUACUUUAAAGUAAAAUAAUUUUAUAAAUAUAGCUUAUUUUGGACUUAUAAAACAGUAAGCAUAAUUUUACCCUUCAUUUUAAGGUUAAAUAACAUUCUGAAAAGAGUGUAGGUAAGAAAUAACCAUGCACGUGACUGUAAAAUUAAGGGGGAGGGGUAAGUCGUCUCCGAUCCUGGGUCCAGGGCCCGUGAUCCAAUGUGGGGGCCAUGCGGGGCAGGACAUCGCGACCAGCUGGUCAGCUCACCAUGCUCACGAGGAGACAUGCUGCUGACAGAGCUCGUCCGGUGCCGAACCCCCCGUCUCUCGGUCCAGGAAGGCAGAGCAGAGCAUCUCGCAGGGUCCCUGGUCUCGGUCCCGCCUCUCACGCGCGAGCAAACGGAAGAAUGUGCUAAUGGCCUUAAAGUAAAAAGCUCGGACUGUUCGUGGAUGUGGCGUGUGAAUCCAUGAUGGAAGCAAUGGUGAGAUGUGCAGUCCCUUUUCCUGAACUGAAGUGUCCAGAGCUUGACGCUAAGUGAUGUCUUCUCGACGGUGUACUACCUCGUGGAACCCACGUGGGUACUGCAGGUGUGCGUUACAGUAUUUAUGUAAAAAAAUGGUCAGAGUUGAGAUUAUCAACACGAUAUGUGGCAAUACACAUCACAGGCAACACUAAAUGCCAUGUUCGGCCACUAUUUUCAACCGUUCGAAGGCAGAAAUGUUUAAAUAACAUUGCUUUUUAAAAUCAAAUUUUUUUCUAAUCUGAAUUUGCUUUUGUUUGGCUAUAAAAUAGCUGUGUACAUUUGUUAUAUCUGUUAAGAAUAAAUACUACAAUAUGCUGAUAUGAGUAUACUUCCCAUUAAACUUUAGGUUUUCCAGGGUAAUAUAAAUAACACUAAUUAUAUUGUUCCUUUUAUGAUAGCAACCAACUUAUGUUUUAAAGUUUAAAACCUAAAGUCUAUCUACAAAGGAGCUAUUGCAAAUACAUUAAAGCAUUAUUUAAGACUUAAAAUAAUGGUAAUGACACUGUUGAAACUGAGUUAUAGAGAAUAAAAAUAUAGGUAGCACCACAUACAUAACAUUUUCCUAAAGUCCAGGUGUAUUAUAUGGAAAUUAUAACUUUCUAGCUUAUCCCUUUAAUGAGAAAAUAGACAUAGCUGUCUCAGUAAUAGCCAAUAGGUUAAAUAAUUGUUGAGUACAGACCUCCAAAAUAGUAAUAAUCUAAACCCACAUAUCCAUCAUAGAAAUUAUUUAAAACAUAUAAUCUACUUUUCUUUGCACACACCCCUUUGCAAGUAUCCAAUAGAUCCUACAAUAUUUUUUACCCUAAUGUUUGAUUUACUGCACCAAUACAAUUAUAGACUUUUCUUUUUCUGAUACACAGACUAUUCCAAAAGAAGGACAAAGAUUUGUAAUGCUUUAGUCCCAUAAUGUACUUGUAGAAAAAAUGUUGCACAUGAACUUAAUUUAUAUUACAACUGUUCAAUUGGAAUCUGUAGCUGUACUGAUAGCACCAUAUGUACAUUCAUAAAUAGUUACAUAGCUAUUACCAGUAAUUUGUUUUGCAUCACAAAUGCUUUAUUUGUUUAACGGUAAGAAAAGUGUUAUAUGUAAUAAUAAAAUCAGUUUGUUUAAAAAAAUUCAUAAUUGUAUGUGGUACUUAAAGGGAUAAAUAUUUCACUGCAACUUCCAGUACGUAUUAUAAUUAUUUAUCACUUUUGAAACUAAGACAUACAUUUCAAUGUUCAGAACAAUGAAAAAGGAAUUUGUAUUUUCAACCCCUCACAACACAGCAACUGUGAUAUAUACAUUUUUAUCUAUAACUCUAGAUGUAGUGUAAUGUGAUAUUUCAAGCAGUACUUUAUUCAAUUUUGUAAUUUUCGCAAUUGCUGAGAAUUGUAAACUACCUUUAUUACCAGUUAAGGAUAUGACAAUGCAAGUUUGAAAGGAUGUGGCACAAGCUUGCAAUGUUAUGGUAAAAGGAAGACAAUCAUAUUGAAUUGUGAGGCAGUGUCUGUAAAUAUUUAGGUAACUGUUCAGCUUGUACCAUCAGAGAUAGAAGCAGAAAAUGCAAAGACAGUUUACAGACUGAUAUUUGUUAGCCUUAUUUCAGAUUCUAAACACAUUCUCUUAUAUGCAAGUAUUGUACAUUUAAAAAUUACAAUGAUACCCCAAAAGAUAUGUCUUUAACUCUUCGUCUUACACUUUACAGGGGCAUAACUUCAAAAGAUAUGUCUAACUCUUUAGCCUUUACAGGGACGUAGCCAGGAGAAGGUAUUUGGGGACGGAACCCUCUGUUCCAGGAUUAGAAAAAAAAAUUGUGAAAGUAUAGAAAUUUAUAGCAAGUUUGCUACGUUAAGGUUACAGAGAAAUUUAUUUGGAGGGAUGGUUGUAAUCGUUAGUGGGCUACAAUAAUGCAGUCCCUCCCACAUCCAUCCAAACAUGCCUCAUACACAGGAAUUGUUUCCAAGUACUUUUGCUGUUUUGCAAGAGUGUCAUUUAUUUGUAAGCACAUAUUUCGUACAAACCUGAGACGUGUGCUCCGUGUAUUAAAAAAAAUAAUUAUAUUCAAAUUUAUGACUUGUUUCAACGAAUUCAUCAAACAAGUGACUUAAGAAAAAUUAUUAGGUAAAAACUAUUAUAUAAAAAUCAAAUAUGAAAUGUUAAUUUUCAUUACUCCGGCAAAAUCUUUACUUAAAUUUCAAUGUGAAAAAGUUUGGGACUUCUAAUAGUCUACUGUUCCCUGGGAUUUUAGCGUGAAAAUUUUUAUUUUAAAACACAAUUAUACAGAAAACUUACUUAUAACAAAUUAUAUAAUGGAUGUUCUGGACUUUUUCCUUCUCAGAAUCCUGGCUACAGCUAUGGUCUUUACCUCCAGUUACAUAGGCACAAUUAUCUCGUGUUAAAUGUAAACGGUGGAAAUAAGUAAUAACAUUCCAUUUACGAAAAAUAUUAGAAUAUUAACUUACAGGUUCCACAUUAUGCCUACUUUCCCUCAAAGUUAAGAACACAGACAUAGCACAUCACAUUAACCCCCAAGAUAAAAACGUAAAGUAUGUGUAUAACAUGUACAUAAAGAAAAUAAACCAUAACAUUGCUGCUUCAGUAAGCUGUUGAUUUCUGGCAAUGCAAUGAGUGAGACAUGAACCAAGUGCUGUGUUUUGUUUACUUUGAGGAAGACUGUCACCGUUUCUAAGUAAUUUCUAACGGGUGUAAGUAUGCAUGUUGGUGCCCCAGUUACGAUUCCUUCAUAUGUAGAUUCACAUGAAAAAAAAAAAAUAACAUAUUGAGCUCGAACUCAAAAAACAGUAUUUAAAUUACUUCUGGGUUGCAUGGACUUAAGAUGUUAAGUUAUUCCGCGAUUACUUACAAUAUUCUUUAUUAAAAAAAAAACAAAAAAAAAACGAGGAUACCUAGUUAGCCAACCAAUUGAAUUCCUGGCUACAGCAUGUCCAUAAAGCUAACAAUAUGUUAGUUAUUAAUGAUGCGUAAGACAGGAUACAUUUUGGGAAGGCAUACACUUCCGAAUGUAAGUUUGCAUUUAUCAGAUAAAUAAAAGUAAUUUUUUUUGUUUUAUUUUAUGACAGAACUUUGUGCAGUACAAAUUUUUGUUGAUGUAGCAAGCUGUUAUACAAAUAUAGUGAUUUCAAUUUUUUGUAGCAGACAUUCUGUAACUAAUAUGAAGUUAUUUGGGUUUUUUAUUCAAUGAAGUUUUUUUAAAAAAAAAAAAAUUGUGCAAAAAAAAAAGAUUGACAUUAGCGCAAUACAAAUGUAAAUAUGUUUUAAGAAGCUUAAUUGAAAUUUUGAAAAUGGGGUUUUUGAAAACUUUACAUCAUCUCACAAUUUAAACUUUCUGAACAUGUAUGUUAUACUUUAUUAAUUUAAUUUACUUUAAAGUAGUGGCAAACAUGAUUUAGUAUUAUUGUGUGUAAUACUAUGUAAGUAAAGCACAAUAAACUUUAUUAUGUACACCCCCAAUGAAAAUGUAUAAUAUUAAAAAAUAUUACUGGCAACCUUUUCAUUGCACUGUUCAUAAUUAAAUUUACAUAUGCAUGUAUUUAUGCCCUGGGAAAAGUUUUAAAAUUUGAACUGUGAUGGAAACAAGUACUAUAAAUGAUAUAUAAACUCAUAAUAAAUAGCGACUGAAUUGACCAAGGGACUAUCCAACUCAUUUGAGGUCAAUGCCAUGUCAUUUUUAUAGAAAAAUGUUGCAAUCUUACAAUUUUUUACUACAUAUUUCUAAAAUGCAUUAAAACUUUGGUAAAGUAAAACAAAUAAUUAAAUAAUUAUAAUAUAUAGUUAACGGUAAUGCAUUCAUUUAAUGCACCAUUAUAAAACACAAUGUCGUAAUUGUUCGUGUUUUGUAAUCAACUCCUAAUGUACAGCCUAAUGUUAGUACAGACUGUCAGUGUUUGAUCAUCUGUACAAUUGUUUGAUAUGUUUGUACGGCUCUUCCUGGAAUUCCGUAAUGUGACUGAGUGUUGGUUAAAUCACUGUGACUAUUAAAGUUUGAUAAAAUGUUUAUAGUCUGAUCUGUUAGUAUAGUAAUAUUGUGUUCAUAGUUAUAUAGAUAUGUUGUCUGUUGACAUAGCACAAUUUUUUUUUAUUUAUGUGUCCAAAGAUGUAAUUACCAGUUAUAAUGGAAAUACACUUUCUUAUAAUGUUUUCAA